CGGGGCCCUAUUCUACUCAUUCUCUAGAGCAAUCUCGAUCCUCGUGGAACAGUCUUCUGUACUUCAACGCUGCACGAAUCACCAAAAUGAAACUCAUGUUGGGACUGUUGGGGCUGGUGUGUCUGAUGACUGUGGCCCUGGGAGCGGGCCCCGAAGAUGAAGACCUCUUCACUGCUGAGUCUGCCAAUCGAGGAUUCGGCCAUGGAGGAUAUGGAGGAUAUGGAGGCUACGGUGGCGGCUAUGGAGGAGGCUUUGGAGGCUUUGCAGGAGGAUUUGGAGGUUUCGGACAUCGUCGUCCCCGUCACUUUGGCUGAACAUCUUGGUCUUUCUUCAUCUUUCUCAUCUCAUCGAUCAGCCCUCUGCAAAUCCCAUUUCCGUCCCAGAAGUCUUUCAUUCAGCUCAU